AUGAGGAUGCACAGUGGAAUCAAGCCUUAUAAGUGUGUUGAAUGUGAGAAAACAAUUACAAAAUCAAGUCAUCUGAAGUCACACAUGAGGAUCCACAGUGGAAUCAAGCUGUAUCAGUGCAUGGUGUGUGAGAAAACCUUUGCAUUAUCAGGUUCUCUGCAGACACACAUGAGGAUGCACAGUGGAAUCAAGCCUUAUAAGUGUUUUGAAUGUGAGAAAACAUUUUCACUUCAAGGUAAUCUGCAGAGACACAUGAGGAUUCACAGUGGAGACAAACCUUAUCAGUGUGUUCAAUGUGGGAAAGCAUUUGCAGAUUUAAGUGCUCUGAGGAGACACAUGAGGAUUCACAGUGGAAUCAAGCCGUAUCAGUGCAUGGUGUGUAAGAAAACGUUUGCAGGAUCAUGUAAUCUGCAGGUACACAUGAGGAUGCACAGUGGAAUCAAGCCUUAUAAGUGUGUUGAAUGUGAGAAAACAUUUAGACAAUCAAGUGCUCUGAAGACACACAUGAGGAUGCACAGUGGAAUCAAGCCAUAUAAGUGUGUUGAAUGUGAGAAAACGUUUACACUUCAAGGUCAUCUGCAGAGAUACAUGAGGAUUCACAGUGGAAUCUAGCCGCAUCAGUGAUCUGUGUGUCUAUUUUGGAAUAUGGAUGCAUGAAAAUCGAUUGUGGUGGGUGGAGGGUGAGGGGUAUGUUGCAGUAUUAUGGAAAAACCAGUGUGGGUGUAAGUGUUUUGUAAUUACGUCAUAGGGUUGUUUCAGCAUGUGUGUGAAUGCAUGCGUGAUCAGUUAUAACCAGGGUAUUUGGGGAAAAAGUGUUUUUAAUAUUAAUUUGAAAUGAGGUUUAUGACAUUCUAUCAGGCUUUUGGUUAAAAUACGAAAUGGUCAUCUGAGAGGUGACAACUUGGUGAGGCUUCAACCAAGAGGUCAAAAGGUUAUUGAUUCUAUUGAUUCAAAUGAAAAGAUGGUAUGGAUAAUCAGUCUUUGAGUGACCAAAUAUUGUAUGAAUUAUUGCUUGAUUGGAAUCUGAUUAAGGAUAUCUUGGUAAAUUAGUAAAUACCAUUUUGACAUAGUAUCUGGCUUUCAUCCUAGGUUCAUGAACUUUGUUUGAUUGACUGAUGAAUUUAGAAAGUUAACUGAGUUAUUUUAGACAAGAAGAGUUUGAUAGCGCAAACUGAAUCUGCCAUUUGGAGAUUGGAAAAUAGCUUCUGUUGAAAUGAGCGUAUGAGUCAUUUCGGUAUGACUUGGAACAUUAUUUCGAUGGGUGGAGAUAAAAUUAUCAUCAAGGGUAUUUUAUGAGUUGUCCGGGAGUGGUGCGGGGAUUCGGAAACUCACGGCUGAACAGAGAGGUUCUCUCUAUAGAUUGGAAGUCCGGGUCAGAAAAGUAUUAGAGUUAACAGUGGAUCAGAAAUAUUAUCAGGCUCUUCGAUAUAUCCUUUAAGUAUGUGUUGUAUUUAACAUGCCUACGCAGAUAAGAAAUGAUGAAAAGGACGUAGAGGUAACAUGCCUACGCAGAUAAAAAAAUGAUGAAAAGGACGUAUAGGUAACAUGCCUACGCAGAUA